UUGAGUGGUUUUCUUGAACUCCGAACCCUUUUCCCUUUUUCGACUUAUCUUUUUCUCUUCCCCUGCCGUUACAAAACCUUUCAAUCUUCCUUGUUCUUCUCACUGUAAUUUUGAAUUUUUCCAUUCUUGGGGAGGAAAAAAUGGGGAGUUGUUUGAGCAAGAAGAGCACUUCUUGUUCUUCUUCUAAAUCUACUUCUACCACUGUAGUUCAAAACACAAAUCAAGAAAUCACCAAACCUAACACCCAACUGGAGAACAAGAAAGAGGUAGAGGGAGAAAAUGUGAAAAAAGAAAUCUUUGUUAUCAAACACAGAAAAAGCCAUGAAGUGGAUAGAAAGUCUGAAGAAGAAAAGGCUAGUGUUAAAAAGAUGGCUAAUGAGGCAGUUGAAUCUGCUAAAAAUGGUAACAACAACAAUGUUGGAGCAAGCAAAGAGAAUGGCAUUGUUGUUUCAGCUCCAGUGAGGACUUCAAGUUGUACUAAAGAAGAGGUUGAUGCUAUUUUGAUACAAUGUGGGAGGCUUAGCAGGAGUUCAUCCACUGGAAAGACUGGAAUUUUAGGUUCCAGUGGAUCUGAUAAUAAUGGGAAUCCUCAAAGGAGUAGAAAGUACUCUGGUUCAAAGAGGAGUUUUGAUUUUGAGAAUGGGAAUGGAAAUGAGGGGUUGCAAGAAAAUGUAGUGGAUUGUGAGGAUGAUGGAGUUCGUCGCCAUAGGCAACGCUCGCGCCAGCCUAGAACGCCUAAUUCUCCGUCUAAGGGAAGGAGGAGAACCCCGAGUAGAGAGAGAGACCAGACACAACAGCAGCAGCAGCGGUCGGGUAGUAGAGAAAGAGGCAGCAGCAGUGGAGGAGGAGGUAGAAGGGUGAGUAGAUCUCCUGGUAGAAGAUCUGAAUCACCAAUUACUACAAGCUCAAAUGGUGGAAAUAUGGCUUCUGGUAGUGCUAAUGGGAAUAAUGCUAAUGGAAAUAAUGGUGGUAGGCCAGGAAAGAUGGUAUCAGUGCCAGCUACUGUUACAUCUAUGGUGAUGGAUAAGAGCAUUGAUGUAGGUGCUGAUAAUAUUUCUGCUGCUGCUAUUAAGAGGAUUCAAGUGAAGAGAAAUGCUGAUGGACCAAGAACUGCUGCAUCUCCGCGAGCUCGGUCACCAGCAAGAGUGAAUGCAAAGGUGUUGAAUGAGAGAGAUAAUAAUAAUAAUAACGGGCAUUCAAACCAAAAUCAACAGCAGCAGCCCAUGUCCCUUAGCCGCAGCAAUUCAAGGAAACAAGAACAAUCUCCUUACAGAAGAAACCCUCUCACUGAGAUUGACACCAAUGUUGUCUUGGAGCAGAUGCCCGUGCCUGGACUGAAGGCUGUCAACAAUAAUGCCCCUUCCCAGAAGUUGAAUGCAGAAACUGUAAGCAAUGGCAAAGUCAAGGAGCAGCAGCAGAUUACAGGGAAUGUUGCAAUGAAUGUGAUUGUUUCAGGACCUGAAAGCCAUAAUAAACCCCAGAGAAGCAGGUCACUAAGGCUAUCUAGAGACCUAGAUAUCAAUCCUGAAACUCUCUCAAAUCCACCUCAAUCUUAUACUUCACUAUUGCUCGAGGACAUCCAAAAUUUCCAUCAAAAGACCAAUACCACCACCCCUGGAUUUUCCCUACCACCUUGUGUAACAAAAGCUUGCUCGAUUCUUGAUGCAGUUGCUGACCUUAACUCAACCACUAGCUCCAAUCUGUCCAGUGCUUUCUCCGAUGAUAGGAGAAGAAACCCUCCCACAUGUGAGCAAUAUAACCAGAAUGAUAAUAAGAAGAGGUUAGGGAUCAAGGAUCCAUUCAUGGAAUCUGAAGUUGCUGUGAGUGAUGACUUAAUGGAGCCAAGCAUACAGAAGUAUGUAACCUUCAGAAGAGGAACUGACAUAGAAGAUCAAGAAUCUUCAGGAAGUAACAGUGUUGUUGGUGGUCAGCAAAAUUGGCUUUCCCCUUCCUCAUGGGAACCUAAUUCAGCUGAUUCAACUGACUGUUGGCCUACUUCAAAAUCCUACAGUAGAGAUGACAACAAGAGUCCUCUAGGAUUUCAAAGGCAUGCGGUAUCCGAGAUUGGACACGACAUGGAAGAAGGCAAAAGAAGAGUGAAUGUGAAGAAGAGGGAUUCUUCUGACAACCAGCAAUCUGGAAUAGGUCGCGGCAGAGUUGGACCUAGAGGCCUUCACACGAUUUCUAUGGCUGCUUCAACUUAAAAACACCGGACAAUUUGUUAAGAUGUAUGCAGUUUGUUUGAGGAUUAGAUUUUCUAGUUGUGGUUGCACACUUUGCAACCUUUUUUUUCUUUGAACAUUGUAUGCUUUGCAACCUUUUGUUUCAUUGAUUUACUUGAAGCAGAUGUUCUUUCAUUCUA